AUGAUCGAUGAAGCUAUUACCAUCUUAGAGCUAAUGAGUCAAAGAGAUGUAAAACCCAAUGUUGUCUCCUACAGUUGUUUAAUACAUGGAUGUUGCAGUUCAGGUAAAUGGGCUGAAGCAACAAGCUUGCUCGAUAGAAUGAUGGACGAAGGUGUUCAUCCUAAUGUUUUAACUUUCAGUUCUUUAAUCGAGGUUUUAUGCAAGGAAAAGAAGACCGAAGAAGCCAUUUCAUUGUUUGAACUAGUGAUUCAAAGAGGUACAAACCCGAACAUUUUCGCCUACAAUUGUUUAAUACAUGGGUUUUGCAAUUCUAGUAAAUGGACUGAAGCGGCAAGCUUGCUCAAUAAAAUGAUGAAUGAAGAGGUUCACCCUGAUGUUGUAACUUUCAAUUCUUUAAUCAAUGCUUUGUGCAAGGAAAAGAGGACAGAAGAAGCUAUUACCAUGUGGUGGACUAAUGAGUCAGAGACAUGGUAUGCGAUUCAGGUAAAUGGACAGAAGCAGCAAGCUUGCUUUGUAAGAUGGUUGCAGAGGAUAUUGAACCUGGAUGAUCAGAAUGUAUUGUGUGCAUGCGAAAUGAAUAAGGCACAAGAUGCCUUUGAUUCAAUGGCAACCAAGGAUUUUGAACCGGAUUUAGGGACCUAUAAGAUGUUGAUCAAUGGGUAUGUAAAGAGCAAGAGAAAAGAAGAGGCUUUGAGUAUUGCUGAAGAAACGCUCGAAAAAUAA